CUGCGGAAGGCGCAGCGCUGAGCGCCUCGCACUUCCUCUCCAGGAGUCGUACUGCGCGCACCCGCUCCCGGAGCUCCAGGACACCGAGGCCCUGCCCUGGUCAGACGGCGCAGAGAUGUCCGAGCAAAGUAAGGAUCUGAGCGACCCCAACUUUGCAGGCAACGCCCCCAGCCCCGGGGCGUCCAGCAGCCACGAGGGCCCUGUGGGGGUCCCCCUGCCAGCCUCUCCACCAGCCGCGCCCCUCGCGCUGCCCCCGAGCCCUUCCGCAGGCCCGUCGGCUUCGCCGCCGCCCCAGGCCGGGAUGGAGGAAGUGGACCCGAAGGUCCUGCAGCAGGCCGCGGAGGAGGGCUUGGUCUGCCAGCCCCCCAGCAGACCCCAGCCCGGGCCCGCGGCGCCAGCUCCGGCCCAGCUGGUGCAGAAGGCGCACGAGCUCAUGUGGUACGUGCUGGUCAGAGACCAGAACAAGAUGGUCAUCUGGUUUCCAGACAUGAUGAAAGAUGUCAUUGGCAGCUACAAGAAGUGGUGCAGAAGCAUCCUCAGACGCACCAGCCUCAUCCUGGCCAGGGUGUUCGGGCUGCACCUGAGGCUGGUCAGCCUGCACACCAUGGAGUUCGCGCUGGUCAAAGCCCUGACUCCUGAGGAACUGGACAGAAUGGCGCUGGGCAACCCCAUGCCCAUGACGGGCCUGCUGCUCAUGAUCCUCAGCCUCAUCUACGUGAAGGGCCACGGAGCCAGGGAGAGCGCCGUGUGGAACGUCCUGCGCAUCCUGGGGCUGCGCCCCUGGAAGAAGCAUUCCACCUUCAGCGACGUGAGGAGGCUCAUCACCCAGGAGUUCGUCCAGCAGAAUUACCUGAAGUACAGGCGCAUCCCCUACAUGGAGCCUCCUGAGUUCGAGUUCUUCUGGGGCUCCAGAGCCAGACAGGAGAUCACCAAGAUGCAAAUCAUGCAGUUCCUGGCCAGGGUCUUUAAGAAAGACCCCCAGGCCUGGCCUACCAGAUACAGAGAGGCUCUGGAGGAGGCCAGAGCCCGGCGCGAGGCUCGCCCACCUGCCCAGUGCCCCCGCCACAGUGUCUCUGAGGACUAGAAAAGUCUGGAGGCAGAUUCAUGGUUCCCGACCCUCACCGGGCGAGCAAAGGGUGGGGUCGACCGUUGGCAUAUUCAGAAUUUGCAGUGCAGUAUUUCCUGUGUACCUGCUAAGUUUCCAGUACGAUGCUUUUAUACCUUUACUGCAAUGUUGUAUUCAUUUGGGGCCUGGCGGGUAGUGCUUAGGGGUUAUGCAUGUCUGUUCAUAAGUAAGUUCAGUUGGUGCUUUCACUUUUGUGCUUUCUUGAAUUUAUAUUUUAUGUACCAGAAAUGUGCUAAACUUACAAAGUUCACUGUAAAAUUUCUCACCUUAUUCUUUGUAUGGGACCGAUGAUGUGUGUUGGGAUCGAUUGCCCCAGGACUGUUGGGAAGAACUCAGGAAAGCUGGCCUGACCAAGAGAAGGGAGAAGACUCCUCCGGCUCGGUGACCUCGCUGGGCACAGGCAUUUCCAUGUGGAGUGAACUGAUUGGGACGGGUGUGGUCUCUGUGUGGGCACUUGUCACACAUCACAACAUAUAUAUAACCCCCUCAUGGAUAACCUCAAAAGUAAACAUUAAAGAUUCUUAUGAUACAAUCA